AUGGAUUUAAUACAUUCAAACAAAGAAAUUAUAAAUAAUUUCAAUGAAGAUUAUGAUGAUGACAAUAAUGAUAUUAAAGGUGUUAAUAACUCCUCUAUUACUAAUGAUGAGGCUGAUGAUCAUCAUGAUGAUGAUCAUGAGGAGGAGGAGGAAGAAGAAGAACAAGACAAAGAAAACAAAAACAAGGAUAUACAUUUUAUGCAACGACUUGGUAUUGAAUUACAAAAACGUAUUGGUCUAUUACCUAAAGUUGAAUUAUUUACACUAAUAUUACAUAAUAUAUCUAAUAAAUUAAUAAGAAUAUUAUGUGUUCAACCAAAAUCUUUUACAGAAAUAUCACGUACAAUAAGAGCAGCAAGAACAAUGAAACUAAUUGUUAGAGCUUAUAGUCAUUUAUCAUCAUCAGUAUCAUCCUCCUCCUCCUCCUCCUUCUCCUCCUCAUCAUCAUCAUUAUUAUAUAACUUAAUCUUAUCUGAUAUAAAUAAUACUAUAUUUAUUGAUUUAUCGAAUUUAUCUGAUUCACCAAGAAUUGAAUUUGUAAAUAAAAAAUAUACAAUCAAUGGAAAUGAAUUACAUGGUUUAAAAUUAUUAUCAUGUGUUACUAUUAAUGAAUUAAUUAAUUAUCAAAUUAAUCAUAAAAUUGAAAUUAAUCAAUUUAUUGAUUCAUAUUCAAUAAAUAAUACAAUUAUUAGUGAAAUUUUAUCAAUACAAUCAAAUAUAUAUAAUUCAUAUCAUUUUAUAUAUAAUAAUAGUAAUAAUAAUAAUAAUGAUUUUAUUAAUGAAAUAAUAUCUAUCCGUAUAAUUAAUUGUCAUGGUGAUUUAAUUGAAUAUUUAAAUAAAAAUGAAAUUUUAGCAGCUAUAUCAAAUUUAGGAUUAUUAGGUAUUGUAUAUGAUAUAACACUUAAGUAUAAUCCAAUUACAUUAACAAAAGUGAAUUAUCGAUUUUGUAAAUGGUCAGAUUUAUUGAAUAUUGAGAAUAAUAUAUUAAAAGAUGCUAUAACAACUAAUCAAUCCAUUGAACUAAUUUAUUUACCAUAUAAUAGUUGUCGUAAUAUUUCCAUAAAAUCAUUAAAUCUUAAUUCAAAUCAAAUUAAUACUAAUGACAAUAAUAAUAUUGUUGCUGAUACUACUAUUGUCGAUGAUAGUAAUGAUGAUGAUAAUGAUGAUGAUAUCGAUAGAUCGGUAGAUUUAAAAAAUUGGAAUAUUGAAGAAGAUGAAUUAUUAUUACGUACAACAAAACGUUGUUCACAAAAUAAUUAUGAUAAUCACAUUAAUAGUGAUAUAAGAAAUAAUAGUUAUAGUAAUAAUAAUGAUGAUAAUAAUGAUCCUUCAAUUUGUUAUGAUUCUGAUCCACAACAAUUUGUUUAUUUAUUGGAUCAAGUAUUUGGACCAUUCAGUGAAGAAUUUAUUGAACAACCAGAAAAUACACCAAAAUUAUUGAAAAGAGCACAUCAUUAUUUAAAGUGUAAAUAUUGUCCACAUCCGACAAUUAUUCAGUAUACACCAUGGGCAUUAAAUUCAUUUGGUAAAUUUAAAGAACCACUUAGAAUAUUGAAAUUUACUAUGGAAACAGACUUUGAAUUAAAUCGAUUUACAUUAGCGAUUCAUACAAUCUUAGACAUACUUUAUAAGUUAGCCAACAAUAAAAUGCCAAAUUAUUCAGUUAAUCUUGGUCUACGAAUACAAUUUACACGUGGUACUUACAAUGGUCAUCUGUUAGAUGUUGGUUUAGAAAAUAAUGAACAAAAAUUAGGUCAUAAAAAUUUACUUUUAGCACAUAUCACAUUUAUGGGUUUAACAGGAAAUGAACCAAACAAACUAUGGAAUAAUGCAGCUAAACAAAUUAUUUUAACUAUGUUAACUAAAAUACCAACUUGUAUGCCACAAUGGAAUACAGAAUGGCAUGCUAAACAGAUUUUACUCAAUAAAUUUCGUGAAGCAUUCAAACAAACAAGUGAACCAUUAAAACAAUUAAUUACUUUGGCCGAUCGUGAUGGAAUGUUUAUGAAUAAAUAUUUAGCAUCAAUCUUUUAUUCAAAAUCAACAUUCUAUCAUAAUUUAUAUCAGUCUCAAAGAAAUGAUUACUUGGCAACUAUUUAA